AUGAUUUCUACAGAUCAAGAACUCAAGGUUUCUCGUAUGACAAAAAGAUCUCAAAAUAAGAAGUUAUUCGGUCGUGAUAAUUACAAACUGCGCGAAUUCGUAUUGCAACCAUAUUGUAUCCGGUAUUUUGAAGUUAGUGGUGGAAGUCGUGGUAAAGAAAAAGGUCAGCUUUUACUGAGUCAUGUUAAGUUUAUUGAAAAAGUACAAGAUGAUGAGCUUGAUAAUAAAAAGAAUGCCUUUCAAGUUGCUUAUGCAGAGGAUGCAAUUUCCAGUACUUGGUACCUAUUAUACAUUGUUGCGAAUUCUGCUAUUGAAAGAGAUGAUUGGAUUAGUUUAGUCCGAUUCUAUACACGUGAACGAGGUGCUGCUUUCCUACCACGCUAUCAUCCCGGUGUUUGGAAGCGUCCUGGUAGAUAUAGUUGCUGUGAUGAUAUUAACCGUCGUUCUAUGGGAUGUCAGCCAACUAACGAACCGGGUCCAUCGGUUGUCAUUGAACAACUUUGGCGUACAGCUGCAGGUGUUGACUCAAGUAAUUUUCAACCUCAAAUGACUCAGGUUGUGACUACAACCAGUCCUGUGCCCAACACACAAGCCUCAUAUCCUAUUUCCAAUCCUCAAUUGGUUACAGUCCAGCUUAAUUCAAAUAUACAACUCACAUCUAAUCCAAUGUCUGUCCCUGAUUUGAAUUCUACUAAUGUUGCUUCUACUGCAGCUUCGUUUAUUCCACUGACUUCUGCCGUUGGGUUACCUGUACUUCAUCAAACACCUGGUCUUUCAGCUCCUGUUACAGGGGUGUUAAUGCCUACUGCGGUAACCAGUUCAGUUGCGCCUUCAACCUUAUUUCAGAUACAACAGCAACAACAGCAGUUCCUCUUACAACAGAAACAACAGCAACAACAACUUGCCAUGCUUGCAAGUAGCAAUGUUGGCCAAUUUUCGCAUCUAAAUAAUGCAUUACGUCGGUCAGGAAUGAAUCAGAAUCGAGGACAUUCUUUGCGUUAUAUUCAACCAACUUUUGAUAUGGAUGAAGGAGAGAAUACAGUCAUUGCAGUACAUAAUUAUAAUCCUGUAAGAGAAAAUCAAUUACCUUUACAAAAAGGUGAAAAAUAUUAUGUAGUCAAUCAGAGUAAUGCUCAAUGGUGGUAUGUUAGAAAUAUGGCUGGUCAAUUAGGUUACGUGCCUACAAAUUAUGUUCACAAACCAAAUAGUUUAAAUUCAUUUGAUUGGUAUUACAAAGAUAUUACGAGACAACAAGCUGAAGCUAUUUUACUAGAUGAGAAUCGUGAAGGUUGUUUCCUCGUACGUGAUUCAGUUAGCAAAAAGAACACAUAUACUUUGUCAGUUACAUCAAAAGACCCUGAAGCACCGGGAAAGCUAAAGGUUCAUCAUUAUCAUAUUCAUAGAACAGAAUCAUCCAGUCUUAAUGGACAUGUAAACGGUAGCGGUGGUGGCGGCGGCAGUAACAGUGGUGGAAAUACUGCAACAUCUACUGCUAGUACUAAUAUGAAUGGUGGUGUUGGUGGUGGUUCAACUGGAACAGGUUUAAAUACACCUAAGAUUGGAUCAACAACAGCAACAACCAAUGGGGAAGCACAAUAUUAUUUAUCUGAAAAACAUGCAUUUCCAACAAUCAGUGAUGUAAUACAUUAUCAUAAACAUAAUUCUGGGGGAUUAGUAGUACGUCUUCGAUCACCACCAACUAAAGAUCGAGAAAGUCCUGUUACGGCUGGCAUGGGGUUAGAUGAGUUUGAACUUGAUCCAGCUGAAUUACACUUAGAAAGAGAACCUAUUGGUAAAGGACAAUUCGGUGUUGUUAAACGUGGUAAAUUCCGUAACAUUCCUGUCGCUGUUAAACAAAUGGUUGAAGGUGCUAUGAAUGAAGAUGAUUUUAUUGAAGAAGCUAAAAAUAUGAGAUUCCUGAAUCAUCCAAAUCUUGUACAGUUAUUUGGUGUUGUAUUGAAGAAGCGUCCAAUUAUGAUUAUUACUGAAUACAUGAAACAUGGUUCUUUACGUGAUUUUAUGCGACAACGUCAACAACAGUUCUGUAAUCGUCCCGUAGUUAUGUCUGAUAUUUGUGCUCAAGUAGCCAAUGGUAUGGCGUAUUUAGAACAAGAACAAUUUGUCCAUAGAGAUUUAGCUGCAAGAAAUUGUCUAGUAAAAUCAAUUAGUCAAAAUUCUGUACAUGUAAAAGUAGCUGAUUUUGGUAUGGCACGUUUCUUAUUGGAUAAUGUCUAUGAACCAAGCGCUGGAACAAAAUUCCCUGUUCGUUGGGCACCACCUGAAGUAUUUCAAUCCACGUAUACAGCUAAAGCUGAUGUAUGGAGUUUUGGUGUACUUAUGUGGGAGGUGUUCACAUGUUGUUCAGAAAAUCCUUAUCAAGGUAUGAAUAAUACACAAGUUUAUCAGUAUAUUGUUGGUGGUGGUCGAUUACAUAAACCAGCUGUAUGUCCUGAAAGAAUCUAUGUUCUAAUGCUUGAAUGUUGGCAACAUGAUUCCAGUAAAAGACCAGCAUUUGAGUAUAUUUGUCAGAAAAUUGGUGGAUAUUUGGAUCAAAAUUGUGAGAAUUAA